UCCCCAGGGCGCCGCGGUGCUCUCGGGCCUCUGCGCCGGUCACCGCGGCCCCCCGGUCGGCCAUGGCCGAGCCCGCGGCGCCGCAGACAGCGCCCGACCCCGACCCACAGCUGGAGGCGCGGGUGGCCGCGCUUCGGCGACUGGCCAUGGAGGACGCGCUGCCCGCGGUGCGCGAGAUCGUCCGCCUGUGUGCAACCGGGCAGCCCGUCACGGUGCAGCGCGAGGCCGCGGGCCCGGGGCGUCUGUUGGGCCGCACCGAGCCCGUGCAGCUGAACCUUGACGCGUCCAUCAGCGAUUCGGCCGACGGGCAGGUGCCCCCUCCUGUUAGGGAGGCCGCUGUCGUCUUCGGGGCCCUCGCGGCGUCGCUGCCGGCCGAGAUGUGGCGGGGGCGCUGCGUGGUGGAGGUGGGCUGCGGCAGGGGCUACGUCGGCCUGGUUCUCGCGGUGCUGGGCGCGCGGGUGACGCUCAUGGACAGGCCGGAGUACGCCGGCUUCGUGACAGGCUCCAUCGCCCGCAACUCCGCAGUGAUCCGGCGGACGGCGUCGGCGGCCUUCUGCCCGCUGGACUGGAAGGACCCGCGCGGCUCCGCGCACGCCUGCGCGGCCCUGGCGAGGGCCAAUGUGGUGGUCUUCACCGACCCCGUGGACUCGGAGCAGUCCCAGCAUGACUUCAUGGGCGUGCUGCGGGCGAUGGUAGGCCUUGAUGGGGGUCCCGCGCUUUGCUCCGCGCUUGAGGGCCUACUGCUCGUCCACAAGCACCAGCAGUCCUUCUGCAUCGGCGGCUAUAGCGCCCCUGUUGGGCUCGUGGAUGCGCGUCCCGCCAUAACACUCUCCGAGCACUGCGACCGGUGUUCCUUCCGGCGCUGCAUGGAGGACGCUGGCCUGAAGGUCGGGAAGCUCGACUUAAAGGUGCCCAGCGACUUCGCCCAUCCUUUCGUCGAGUGUUGGGAGCUGUCGGUGAGCAGGGCCGCGAGGUCGUGA